GGCGUUGUACCCGGGCAAGGCACCCCUGCUCAAGCAACGGUGACGUAGUGGGGGAGAUGAAGCAAAGUUACUUAGACAAGUUCACUUCUAUGAUUCGGACAGUUGGUUCGUUCUGACCAUCUCGUACCAUCCUCUUACAAACCAACUGUAGACAUGGCGGAUAAAGAGAAGAAGAAGAAGACUAAAAAGAAGGAGGAGGCAGCGCCAGCACCUCCUCCACCAGAACCGGAACCGGAACCGGAAAAGCCACCAACCCCAGCACCAAGUACACCCAAAGAAUCUGGCUCAACUCGAGCAAGUAGUCGGGGUAGCCGCAAAGCUAAACGUGCUGGAUCCAGCGUGUUUUCUAUGUUUACUCAGAAACAAGUUGCCGAAUUUAAAGAGGCAUUCCAGCUGAUGGAUCAAGAUAAGGAUGGUAUAAUUGGAAAGAACGAUCUUCGUGCCACUUUUGACAAUGUUGGCCGUCUGGUCACUGAUAAAGAGCUUGAUGAUAUGCUAAACGAAGCUCCCGCUCCUAUCAACUUUACUCAAUUAUUGAAUCUCUUCGCAUCUCGCAUGUCGGGAUCAGGUCAGGAUGACGAUGAAACCGUAAUCGCUGCCUUCAGUACCUUUGAUGUCAAUGGUAAAAUUGAUGGUGAAAGGUUGAGGCACGCCUUGAUGACGUAUGGUGACAAAUUUACCGCGAAGGAAGUCAACGAUGCGUAUGAUAAUAUGUACAUUGAUGAUAAGGGAUUUAUCGACACGCAAAGUCUUAUUGCAAUGUUGACUGGACAGGAGGAUGAGGAUGAGGAAUAAAUUUAAGUGACUUUCAGCAUUAAAAAAUUUCUGUUAAAAUUCUGUUCACUGAAAACGAAGUCUCGUGUUAGCGUCAGAUCCGCUUGAUCCGUUUCCAAGUGACGAAAAUCAGAUUUAUUAGAAGUAAAAAUAUAUAUAUAUAUAUGUUUGUUAUAAAUAUUUUUCUUCUCAUUUGUCUCACUGAUAAUUUUUAAAUAUCGAUUUUAAAGAUUUUUACUCUGAUAAAAUAAACGUAAAGAGAGAAAUGGAUAGAUGAAUGAAUAGAUUUCUUGGAAGUGGAAACAGCGCGUCUGCCGAAAAUCGAGGCUUUGAAUCUCCAUAUUAUUGUUCAUAUAAUAAAAUUAUUUUAAAACUUUA